UCCUGAUUGAAGUGUUAAAUUAUUUCAGGGGUUUAUUUCAUUUAUUUUAGAUCAUUGUGUAUAAUUGAACCUCAAUGGCAGUGCUUUUAAAUAACAAAGCCAUUUCCCUUCAGGUGAAUCAUUUAAACAAACCGAGCUUUUUAAUUCAUGAACGAGGUGAGCAACUUAUAGUGAUUCAAUAUGUCCUUACAGGAAUAGUGAUCCCACUUUGCAAUGUAAAUAUGCUUUAUCAGCUGUCAGAGAAAGUCAACUUUUAAUAGCUUUUUGGUUUUACGCAUCGCGCGGAAGGACUUUAAAUCCAUUUGGCGCAAAAACAAAUGAAUUAAACUGCAGGGAAAGUGGCAUAAAGUUGUGAAAACACAUAAAACACGCCCACUACUUAGGGAGGCAUCAAGGUCACUCACAAUUUCACAAUCAGCUGUGCGCAAUUGUCUGCGCCAGCCAAUGACUGACCAGAUGGGGUGAUCCACACCACCCGCAGCUGUGAUUAGGAAAAGCUGUGGAGCUGAGAGGAGCAUUUGAGCUUGAAAGUGAGGUGAGGGUGGAGGUGCUGAAGACAAGACUCCAUGGAGUAGGCCGGAGGCGUCUUGGUGGUUAUACUUCACCAUACUGGCAGCUAAUUUGGCGUCACUUCCAUCACAGCUUUUUCGUCUGUUUUGCGUAAUUUUGAAACGGAUGAUCAAGACUAAACUAAAUCAUCUUUAAUUUGUUGUUAAGUUUUUGGACGAGCGCUGUCUCUUUUGGAGGAUGUCCGAAAGGUCGCACAGUCCUGAAUGCCAGACUCGGCCCUAUGACUUCAGCCGGACCAACCUUGGCACCCAGAUUUUGGGUCAGGAUUCUUUAGGCAGCGCUGCGUCAUUCCAGCUCCCUCAUGGAAUGCUGCCGGACCCGAGCCUCCUCUACAAUAAAACCGCGUAUGGAGGCAUCACAGGGGCUUCCGCGCAGACCUUCUUCCCGUUCCCACCUGUCAGCAGCGACUACAGGGGAUCCGACCUGCAGGCUGGGGAGUUCGGGCAACCCAAGCACUGGUAUCCUUUUGCUGCGCCCGAGUACACCGGCCAGGUACCCGGGGUCACGGCAGCGACCCAGCCUGUAAAUCUGAGUCCCCCUAUAGCUGAGACCCGUGAGCAGAUCAAAAUACCGGAGAUAAAGUCCGAGAAGGACACCGGCGAUGACGGCUACUCAUCGGAGGUAAAGAUCCAGCAGUAUCCGGCCUCGGCCGCAAUGCCCCACGGAGUCUUUUACCCCACGGCCUGGAACCCGUCUUUCUGGCCCGGGAUCACCCAUAUAACACCACCUGGAAGUAGUAAUCAAAACCCUUCAACGUCAUCCGCGUCCUCACCAUCAAUGUCCCCCUCACCCCCCAGUAACGGACUCCCAGGAAACGCGUUUUUCAGCGUGAACCCACCGCAGGCCUCCGCCGGGCCUCAGACACAAAACCCGGCGUCUUCUGCCAGGAGCAGCGGCUCUUCCAGCGGCGGCUGCAGCGACUCCGAGGAAGAGAAUCUUUCUACUGAAGAGCUAGAGCAGUUUGCUAAAGAGCUCAAGCACAAACGCAUUACUCUUGGAUUUACUCAAGCUGAUGUUGGCCUUGCCCUUGGUAACCUUUAUGGUAAGAUGUUCAGCCAGACAACCAUUUGUCGCUUUGAGGCCCUGCAACUGAGCUUCAAAAACAUGUGCAAACUGAAACCCCUUCUUCAGAGAUGGCUGAAUGAGGCAGAGACUUCAGAAAAUCCCCAGGAUAUGUACAAGAUAGAGCGAGUAUUUGUUGACACCAGAAAGAGGAAGAGGAGGACCAGUUUAGAGGGAGCUGUGCGCUCUGCCCUAGAGUCCUACUUCAUCAAAUGUCCUAAACCGAACACCCAGGAGAUCACCCAUAUCUCAGAUGAUUUGGGUCUGGAGAGAGACGUGGUUCGUGUUUGGUUCUGUAACCGAAGGCAGAAAGGAAAGCGUCUGGCCCUGCCGACGGAUGAGGAGUGCGAUGGUCAGUACUACGAGCAGAGCCCAUCCCCUCUGAACAUGGCUCCCUCCCCCAUUCCCAGUCAGGGCUACCCAGCUUCUAGCUACCCCAGCGCCCCUCCUCCUACACUCUACAUGGCCCAACUUCACCGGCCAGACAUCCUGAAACAAGCCCCGCACCCCGGACUGGUUAGUCACCUGACUGGAUGAACGUGCUUGGGUAGAUUGUCUUCUGAAUGCAUAAUAAUCCAAAACAAGCUGAAGAGGAACCUCCAGAUCCAGUUAUCGGAUCAAUGGAUCAUCUUUGGAAUCUGCUGCUGAGAGAUGGGUCAAACUAGACUUGGUAGCUCCAUCUAAGAACUUUAAGUUACGGAGCCAUGGACCAAAUCCCCUUACUUGGCCUGCAAUCUACCACCACCUUUUUUCCUUAUACAAAGAACAAAUGUUGCCUAUGAUUGUUUUCUGUUUUAAUGUAUUGUCAAGUUUUUCAAUAGGUCUUAAACACCAAAAGCUAAAAUACUGCUAUUGUUGCUACAAUAGCUGUUUGACUUAUGGCAUAAGGAUGUGAAAACAAGUGUCUGCUUAUUUCUGGGGAGUUUAUUGUACUGUGGAUGAGGUAUUAGCCGAUUUAAUGAACAUAUUUUUGCCAACUAAGUCAACAUUUGUGCAAUAUCUUUCUCUUAUCUUAUAGAGCAGCUACAGUAUGUCUACAGUAUAGUAUGUUGUCUUUAAAGUGGAAAAUGUUGCCUCAAUCAGGGUGUUUUCCAAUAUUUUUGCACAAAGUUGCUUUUUUUAUGUUGGAUAUUUUUUCUAUGUGCUGCACAUUUACAUAGCCCAAAGAAAGCCAUUGAUAACUUCAGCAAUGAUUUUAGCUUUGAGGGUGGGGGUCAUAAGAUUCAGAAUUAUAUGCAUUUUUAGGUAUGAGACCAAUGAGUUGUUCACAAGUGCCUAGCUGUUGCUCACAAUCUCAGGUUACUGGUGGUGAGAGACAAAUUGUAUUUCAAUACCCCAUUUUGAAUUUGUGUAAAGGAUUUUGUUUAUGAAAUGUUUAACUAAAAGUGAUGUUUGGGUGCUCA